AUGAAAAAAAUAACAUCGGGAUUAAGUGCUACCUUUUUCAUUGAUGGUCCAGGCGGCACAGGUAAAACCUUUUCAUAUAAAGCAUUACUAACUGUUGUAAGGUCUCAAAAUUCUAUUUCUUUGGCAAUUGCAUCUUCUGGGGUAUCAGCAUCUCUUUUACCUAGAGGUCGAACUGCUCAUUCAAGGUUUAAAAUUCCUUUAGAAAUAAUUGGUGAAGUAAGGUUUUCAGUUAGUAUGCAACCAGUUUUAGGAAUUUUGUUGAAAAUGUGUAAGUUAAUAAUUUGGUAUGAAGCACAUAUGGUAAAUCGAUGUAUUGUUGAAGCUGUAGAUAAAAUGCUAAGAGAUAUUAAUGAUUGCGACUUGCCUUUCGGUGGUAAAGUUAUAGUUCUUGGAGGGGAUUUUCGACAAAUUCUACCAGUAGUACCAAGAGGAAAAAAAGAAGAUAUAAUGAAAAUUCCUGGUCAAAUUUUUAUGUACUAUAGCUUUGAUGAAACAAUCGAUAAAUCAGAACAGAGUUUUGAAGAAGAUUUCUUGAAUAGUUUGACUUCAAAUGGUAUUCCGCCAUAUGAAUUGAACCUUAAAAUAAACUGUCAUGUCAUGUUAUUGCGAAAUAUCAAUCCUUCCGAAGGUUUAUGCAAUGGAACACGACUUACUUGUAGAAAUUUUGAGAAAAACGUAAUUCUUGCUGAAAUUAAAUCUGGUGAAUAUUGUGGAAAACAAUUCCAUCUUAACAUUAUAUCAACGACUCCUGUCCUCUUGAAGAUGAAAAAGGUAAAUCUUCAAAAAAUGGUGCAUAAAAUAUCAAAGAUGGCUGGACCGUAUAAAUUUAUUCGACAGAUUGCAAUUUUAGAGGUUAAUUGGUCUGCAAAAAUGGUCAUUAUAGGGAAGCAAUCACCUAAGACUACUCAUAAUUCGACUACUAGAUAUCAGAAUAUUGUCUUCAUGGAUUUAGAGUUGAAACUGGGAAAGACACCCGUCAUAUGGGUUACUAAUCUGAAUGUGUCUUCAUUCAAUGGCAUUAUCCUUUCAACCAAAGUCAAUAGCACCUUCUUUAUCAAUUCUGAUCUAUUAGCUAUUGCAAACUAUAGAAAUUGGACGGAGGCUAACAAAGAAAAGCUUGACAACUUUAUAGAAAAUAAGUCAUUUGUUGUUGUAAGUCGGCCGAAGUUAUCACCUCCAACUGACGACAAAUUCACACUAAUUGCAGAUUUACUUGGACUUUAUCUCACGAUUUCAGAGAAGUUUAUAAAUGUUGAUUCUACAAAUGCGAACAUGCAAAAGCUAUUCUAA